UGUACCUCCUGAAAAAUAUAAGAUUAUUUUGCUUUGGUUGUUACAGGUUAAGAGAAGUAAAAAUGUUUCGCCAAUUUAUAACGAUCGUUGUUCUUGCAUUAAUUUCAUAUACUUAUGCACAAUACACUUCACCAGGUCAAUGUAGUGACAGAACUAACUUGAGAGCGGUGCAAAAUUUCAGUUUUUCAGGGUAUGCAGGAAAUAACGCGUCAUGGUAUCCUAUAUACACAUACGUCAACUCCGAUUGCCAAAUCGUAAAUUUUGCCCUAACAGAUAACGUAACUAUGGAUAUGGUUUACAUACAAAAAAAUUUAACGACAGGUGUAUGGUUUGGCAGACGUGGUGUAGUAACGUGGGUACCGGGUAGUAGGAGAGAAGGUGUUUUAAGUCUGGUUUACCCCGAUGUUCGAGAUCCGUUAAUAUUUAGAAUACUUGGAAUUGAUUAUGUCAACUACACCAUUGAUUACAGAUGCAUCAACCUAGAUAGCUCAAACAAGAGAGAAUUUCUGUAUAUAAUGAGCCGGACCAACUCCUUGUCACCAGCAUUAAAUGCCACAGUUCAACAAAUUGUUCGAGCCAACGGUCUUGGUGGAAUAGAACAGAUGCAUGUUGUACAGGACGCAGCAUCCUGCACAAGAUGAAUGAAUCAGUAAUGUUUCAGUUUUCUGAUUACAGUUACAAUGUAAAUUAUGAUUUCUCACUGGUUUCGAAAUAAAUUGGCAACAUAGCAUUUUAA